UUGACACCCUGCUACCACUGGUCCCGUCCCACCCAACACAGCACCAUGUCUUCCUCCUCCGCGCCCAACCAACCACCUGAAAUCUUCGUAGUCGAAGAGUGCCGCGGCGUCCUCCGCGUCUUCAACGACGGCUCCAUCCUUCGAAGCACCGAACCAAGCUUCAUCAUGCCCGUCGAAGACGAUGGAUCCAUAGAAUUCGCCGACGCCGUGUUUGAUGCCAAUCAUAACCUCCUUCUCCGCCUCUACCGCCCUCGCCACCGCCUCCCAACCGACCCCCCUAAGCUCCCCAUCUUCUUCUACUUCCAUGGCGGCGGCUUCUGCAUCGGAUCCCGCACUUGGCCCAAUUUCCACAACUACUGCCUCCGCCUCGCCGCAGAUCUCCGCGCAAUCAUCGUCUCCCCCGACUACCGUCUCGCACCCGAAGAUCGCCUCCCAGCCGCCAUUAACGAUUCCUUCUCCUCCAUCCUUUGGCUCCGAUCCCAAGCUCUCUCUUCACAUCCCAAUCCCCUUCUUCAAGAUGGGGAUUUCUCUCUUGUUUUUGUUUCCGGCGACUCGGCCGGUGGGAACAUCGCGCACCAUCUCGCGGUUCGGUUCGGUUCAGAUCUCGGCCGGGCCGAACUCGAACCGGUUUCGAUCCGGGGAUAUGUUCUACUGAUGCCGUUCUUCGGUGGGACCCAGCGCACGAGAUCUGAGGCGACUUGUCCUCCUGAUGCCUUUUUGAAUUUAGAGGUUAACGAUAGGUUCUGGAGGCUGGCAAUGCCGGUCGGGUCGACGACCGAUGAUCCGAUUUCGAACCCGUUUGGACCGGGUGGACCGGAGUUAAGAGAGGUUCAAUUUGAACCGAUGCUGGUGGUGGUCGGGGGAGAGGAUUUGUUGAGGGACAGAGCGGUGGAGUAUGCUGAGAGGUUGAAGGAAUGGGGUAAGCCGGUCGAGGUGAUAAAUUUUGACGGCCAACCGCAUGGGUUUUUCACCUUUCAACCACGGUCUGAACCGGCUGAUAGGCUGAUGCAGAGCAUUCGCCGGUUCAUGGUUCAAAAUGGCUGUCAUAAGUUAGUUUGAACCGGGGUCAAUUCAGAAUAUGUAAAACUUUUUAGUUUAUGCGAUUCAAGUUGUUGGUUAGGCAAAUAUUGGUGAAAGAAUUUGUCAGUAUUUGUCACAAUCUUAGGAAAGUUCCUAUUUGUUACUACUCAAUUUAUAAGAAAGCUUAAUGAUUUGGUUGAAGUAU